AUGGCCUUGACCAUCAAAAACAAGGUUGGACUCGUGAAUGGCAGCAACCCUAGACCAACUAUUCAAGACAACGAACAGCAGCAGUGGGAUCGAUGUGACACGCUAGUUAAAACCUGGCUCAUUGGUUCCAUGUCGAAGGCAAUUUAUGGAAGUGUGAAACACUACAAGACGGCUCGAGACAUUUGGCUUGAGCUCCAAGAACAGUUUUGUCAAACCAAUACUGUGCAACUCUUUAACAUUGAGAGUGCAAUUCAUGGUUGUGAACAAGGCACCGAGACGGUCACAGCCUUCUUUAACAUGUUGAAGGGUCUUUGGGAUGAAAGGGAUGCCUUGUGUGGCUUGUCAACUUGUGGUUGUGCAGAGGGGAUUAAGGUUAACGACUACAUCAAGACUCAAAUGAUGAUGCAGUUUCUCAUGGGAUUAAAUGACAAUUUUGCAUUAAUUCAUGGAAGCAUUGUUGCUAUCGAUCCUCUACCAACAGUGAACAAGGUUUUUGCCAUGGCACUCCGUCAUGAAAAACAAGUAGAAGCCAUGACCGGCAGCAAAGGAGCCCCUGCACAGCCUGAGGGCGCGGCCUAUGCAGUGCGCAAUGCGGCACAUGAAGAGAAUUUUGAAGGAAGGAGGAAGUGUGUCAAAUGCAACAAAGAUACUCACUCUACUAAGAAUUGCAAAGCACACCUUAAGUGCACUUUCUGUGGCUUCAAAGGUCAUGUGAUUGAAGAUUGUAGAAAGAGAAAGGCAGCUUUGGAAGGCAUACAAGCACAUGCUAGAGGAAACAAUGUGUCCUCACUGUUUGACAAGGAAGGCGGCUCAAGGAGCUUCCUUUUCUCGAAGGCAGAGUGCAAUGAACUCUUUGAGCUCCUUAACAAAAACGGCACUGUAUUGGCAAAUCAAGCUGGUAAUAACUCAUCUUAUGAGGAACUCUCAGAUAAAGCUUUUGGCUUCCGUAAUGAUACAAAGACCAGUGUAUGGAUAUUGGAUAGUGGUGCCACUGAUCAUAUGACUCUCUACCACCCUCGGUGCUGGCCUUCAAGGGGCAUUAAGCGAGUCUUUCCUGGGGACCUUGCGGACCCAGGAACCGGGCGGAUGUCGUCAGAAAGGGGCGGCAUGCGUCUCCAUGAGUCAGGACGUCUCAUGGACAGUAUCGGCCGGCAGGUCGAUAUUACGGUGUCGUGUCGGUGGCGAGGUUCAUAUGUGAGCGGUCCUUAUGCCAUCGGCAUGGGCGGACGUGUGGGCUAA